AUGAGCGCCAACCAAAUUUUCGGUGUUAUCGUCGCCGGUCGAUUGGUAAGCUUACUUUGAUCUAUAAGUUUGGUCGUCUUGGCUUAACUUUUCUAAUUUAAAGGGCGGUAUAUUAAGUAUGUUAUUGAUGGUAUUGAUUAUGUUUGUUUUCAGAUCCAAACCGACUUCGUUCAGGCUGGUGAAACGGAAUUUGUUUGUGAGAUUCCGAAUGCUGAUGCUAUAAAUCAUCUGGUGGUAUUCUUGACGGGCGUUCAGCCAUUUCCAGAUGGCAUGGGAGGAUCAGGUAUGGGUGUUUGUUUUUUCUUUAUUUUUAGGUAAAAACGGAUGAAUUAGGACAAAAUUAAAUACCAGAAUGAUCUUUAGAAAGUUUUCAAAGUUAUUUUUGUAGCGUAAAAGUCUGUCUAGCUUUUAUAAGGCCAGAAUUUGGCGUUAAUGAUAUUGUUAUAGCCUUGUAAAACAUUAUUUUAUAGUUUUGUAUGCUUGGGGCUGAAGAGCGUUCAUUCAGCUUUUAUUUUGGUAUUAUUGUGAUUUUAAAACGUUAUUUACAUAUAUAUUACUCUAUUCAUACGUUCAAUACGUUAUAUUAACGAAAACCCUUAUUUUUAGUGUUCAUCCGCUGGCCACAAGAUUCAGGCGAAGUCAACUGGCAUUAUCUUGGGUUUAUAGCGAACGAGAAGCCUAGUGCAAUAUUUAAAGUAGCUCAACUACACAAGGCUACGUCUGAUCAUAGUGCCGACUUGUUUUCCAAUCAUGGUCCGGGUCAAGGGGUUGUAGGUAGUGCUUUAAUUGGUGUUAUGGUCGAACCGCUAAGGCAAAUCGAAGAAAAAGUGGCUGCUGAAGGAACUUCUACUACUCAACAGGUGAGCUUUAGGGGUUGGAAGGUUGUAGAUUUUGUAUAAUAUUGGUUUUUUGUUUGAGACAUAUAUAACAAUAUCAAUUUUUUGCUCUUAGCCAAUAUUACUUUAGAUAAAAGAGAAAUUUAAACAUUUUUUUUGCUAAUAAAACUUAAAAUAAUGUUUUUCAAGCCAACUAAAUUUAAAAUAAUAUCAAUUUUCAGUCCACAAUUGCCGAAUUCAGUGAGAAGAUGCUUUCAAACUUUGUAAAUCACGUUAGUUCGUACGUAGUUUCAUUCCCGGAUCCUAUGAAUCCAUCGCAUGCUACGGAGUACAUACCAAUCAAAUCAGUCAACGAUUGGUUUUCCAAUUUUAAACGACGCUUACAAUUCAAUCCAAACUUUUGGAAAUCCAUGUAAAUUAGUAUUUAUUGUAGUUGUGAUCAAUUUUAUUGUAAAAUAUUGGACAUAAAUUGAUUUUACUGUAGUAUAAAGAAGAUAAAUUGAUUUUACUGUAGUAUAUUUAUGGAAUAUUGAUUGUUAUGGUAAUAUAUUGAAGUAUAUGGAUUAGAAUGUGAUACGAUAAAAUGUAUCGAAGCCACUGGGCAAUUUAUUUCGAACAAGUUUAUCAUGCUUUACAUAGUAAAAUAAGGAAUUUAAAAAACAACAUCAUGUAUUGACGUUUACUAUAAGAGCUUCCAUAACAAUAGCUAGGAUAGUAAUAACAAUAGUCAUAGCUGUAACCUGAACUGCCAUAACCAUAGCUACCAUAACUCCCGUAUCCAGAAGCGUAUCGGCUUGCUCCAAUUACUCCAAGUGUAGCUAUUGAGCCAACAGCUGCUGCAGUGCCUAAGGCUGCUACCGGGUAGCGUCCUCCGUACCAGCCGCCUCUGCCGUAACCGUAGCCACCAUAACGACCACCGUAGCCACCGUAACGGCCGCCGUAGCAACCUCGGUAGGCAUAUGCUGUGUUUAAGAGUAAAAAUAGAAGUAAGAACUAUUUAGUGUUUUGUGGUUUUAAAAUUAAUCAUAAUAUAAUAUAUGGCUAAAGGUAGAAUUAGAAUUUUAGCUUGUCAUGAGCUAAAGCGAAGACUAGAUCUUGGCAUGAACAUAAGUUCUAAAUCUAGUCUAAUAAUUAGCUUUAGCCUUAACCUUUGCCUCAGUCAUCGACCUAGUUUUAGCCUUAGACCAAGUUCGUGAGCUGAAACUAAUGUUGGACAUCAGCCUCAACAUAAGCUUUAGAUUUAUGUAUAUAGUCUUAGUAUUAGUUUUAGUUUCAGCCUAGCCUAAACCCUAGCUUAAGCUCAAGCCUAGUCCAAGCCUACCCUGGCCCUAGCUCUAGUCCAGUCAUAGCCCUAGUUGUGAUUCUUUGGACAUAGCUUAGGAAGUUAUUUUUUUAUCUUUUGAGACACAAUAUUAACAUGAACUCAUAUCUAAUCGUUUGAGAUAAAAACACUUUUUUUACUCUCCUUUUCCCUCUCAAUUUCAAAUCUCGUACUUUGGCCUAUUACGCAACUCUCGUUUAAGCGCCAAAUCUUUACAAUAUCGGUAGACAACUAUAAGUUUCGUGAAAAAUAGAAAAUUGUGUGUAGAUUUAAGAUACUAUAAAUACACCUUGAAAGUUUGUCAAUUCAUCAGUUGUUCAAGUUUUUCAUCUGUCACUAGCGACUUUUUCUUGUUUAUCUUUUAUUAACCUCAGCUUCAUCGUUAAAAGUAAGUUCUAUAAAUAUUGUAUCCUUCAUGUAUUGUUUUUGUUAGUACAAAGCAGAAUAUUGUUACAGCGGUAAAUUUUCAGAAGAUUUUGUUGAGAAACGGAGUUAAAAGGGGGAUCAAUAUUAAUAUAAUACUGUACUAUAACAUUAAUAGUGUUAAAAUCAGUUAUCUUUUUCCUUCCAAGAAAUUUUACUUUGGCUCAGGGUCCGUCUUCCUGUUGAUUUAAAAAAAGUUUAUGCAAAUUUUUACCUUCUUUAAAUUAAAAUUCUGUAUGAUCAAGAUAACCCCUUUGAGAUUUAAAUGAAUAAAUUUGAAUGAUCAAAAGUAGUUUACCAUAAAAUAUAUUUAUUUUUCAGUGAUCUCUGACGCCGAUUUUGACCGAAUGAACGCUUACUUCGCAGCCAACCCACUCUCAGAGGACAACUGGCAACGGGGACGGCUAGCUCAAGCCGUCCGAAACAACAGUUUAGACAAAGAAAUGAAUGUAGAGGAGAACAUAGUGACUAAGUUCAAUCGUAGCUUCGGCAAAGAACAAUAA